CCAGUCGCUCGGUGCCAGGACAGGAGGACAGGAGCACAGGAGGACAGGAGGACAGCAGCAGCCAGGACCCUGCCGCCGCCCCUGGCCGCCUGUUCCCUGGCAACCUCGGAGGAAUCCAGCCCCGGCUCCUUCCUCUCCCCUCCCACCGCCGCCUGCGGGGGCUGGGGGCGGAGGCAGCCGAGCCCCAUUAUAAAAAGCGACCGAGCUCCAGCGGCGAAGGGACAGCACUGAGCUCCUCCAACGCGUGGACGCAGCCGCCUGCCAGCGGGCCCAGAUCCUCGCCAGCCUCCGCCAUGGCUCCGACGCCUCUCGCCUGGCUGCUGAGCCUGGCCACACUCUGCCAUCUGACCAUCCUAGUGGCCGAAACUUCAGCCCCCGGAAGUGAGAGGCCUCCCCCAGGGCAGCACCACGGUGUGACAAAAUGCAACAUCACGUGCAACACGAUGACCCGACCGAUCCCCGUGAAUUUACUCAUCGGCUAUUGGAAGAACCCGGAGUCCUGCGGCAGGCGCGCUGUCGUCUUGGAGACCAAAAGGCACAAGUAUUUCUGUGCCGACCCAAAGGAGAAAUGGGUCCAAGAAGCAAUGAAGCAUCUCAACCGCCCGGCUCAGACUCAAAAUGGCGGCACGUUUGAGAAGCAAAUUGGCUCAGGGCCCACGAUCACCCCAGCCACCACCGAGGGACAGUCCCAUCCUGCAUUCUCUGAGCCUGAAGCCACAGGGGAAGGCAAUAGUUUGGAGGGGACGACGUCUUCUCAGGAGGCCCAGAGGUCCAUGGGGACUUCCCCAGAGCUGCCAGUGGGGACGACGGACUCCUCAGGGUACAGGUCCACCCCGACGUCAAAGGCUCCAGAGGAUAGGCCUCCCGCUGGGCCAGGGACAGCUGUGGCCUCCACCUCUGUUGCCCAGCAGAGCCAAACUGGGCCUGGCCUCCGGGUCAUAAAGGCCCACUCUGAGACCCACUCCACCCAGGUCCUCUCCACGGAGCCCCCCUCCACCCAGACCCCCGACAUGUCAUACCCAGCCCUCGAGGAGACCACCGUGUCUAAAGGCCAGCCCACAUCGGGCAAGGGACAGACCCCUAGUCCAGAGGCCUCUCCAGGGCCUGAGGAGAUGAGUCCUGUUUCAACGCCCAGGGGUGCAUCCCAGGACUCGGGGCCUGGAGAGAUGACCCAUGCUCCUGUGGUCCCUGUCUCUUCCGAAGGGACCCCUAGUCAGGAGCCAGUGGCAUCAGGCAGCUGGGCCCCCAAAACCAAGGAGCCCAUCCAUACCACCAGUAAUCCCCAGAGUUUGAGUAAUAAGGCUGCUCCUAACACUCCUGACCUUGGCCCCCAGGAAGCCACCCGAAGGCAGGCAGUGGGGCUGCUGGCCUUCCUCGGCCUCCUCUUCUGCCUGGGGGUGGCCAUGUUCGCCUACCAAAGCCUCCAGGGCUGCCCCCGCAAGAUGGCGGGAGAGAUGGUGGAAGGCCUUCGCUAUGUGCCCCGGAGCUGUGGCAGUAACUCCUAUGUCCUGGUGCCGGUGUGAGCUGGCCACCUGCCCGUGUCCCGUGGUUUCAUUCAGACAGCUGCCUGGGGACCCCCAUCCUCAUUCCCACCCUCACCCCAGGGCCUGGCCUGAGCUGGGAUGAUGGAGCCUGGGAGGCGGGAUCUCCUGGUGCAAGCUGCUCGGCGCCCAAAGGUGUGGCCCCGGGAGGCCACCCUUGACCACUGUCAACCUCCGAGGGACAGAAGGAGCGGCCUCCGACUCACCCAAACCCGAGCACCCUCCUCUGCUGCUGGCUGGUUAGAGGUUCCCUUGGACACUGUCCCAGCCCCCAGUGAACAGUUAUUUAUUGAAUGCCCAGCCCCCUCUGACCCUCCCCGUGAGGACUGCCCUCCUCCCAUCUCAAGAUGAGUGACAGGCCAGGCCCUCGGUCCCCUCCCCAGACCUCUGUGUCUCUUGGCCCUGCUGCACUUGCCAGUCACCCCGGCCAGCUGCGGUGCUAUCUCUCCCUGUCCCUUGUACAGAGCCCACCCCGCAACAGGGGCCGUGUCUUUCUUGCAUGAGGCUCGUGUGGUGUCCCCAGACCUGACCUGGGAGCAGCCCCUGGCACCGUGGGGAGGGAGCUGAGGUCAUUUAGUGGCAUGGAUGUUUUUCCUCCUGGGUCUCCUCUGUGCAGUGAAGGAACUUUGAGUUGGUGGCUGGGGUCCACUCCACCCUCCCGCCCGCCCACCCAGCAAAAGGAAGGGGAGGAUGGGGGUCCGUGCCAUGGCUGUCCUGCUGACUCCCAGACUUCUGCGAGACCCUCUCCCCGGCCCCUCAAUGCUGCCUGAGCCUCGCCCGCAGAGCACUUAGAGGGUCUCUGCCACUCCUGACUCCCGGGGGACCUGCAAAGGGCCGUUUGAUAGUUCAGGUCCUGGGCUGUGGGUCCCCAAGUGGGCGCUGGCCUGGGGGACCUGUGGGAGCAGAGGAAGCCCCUCCUCAUCCAGGCUCUGCGCUGACAGGAGGACCCGUGCAUGUUGGGGGGGAUGUCAGCCCCCACCCAGCCCAAGAGGGGCCAAGCAGUCUGUGGAAGGUGCCAGGGAAAGUCCGGAGCGUUCUCUGGGUGUGACCUGAGGGCGUGUGCAGGGUGGCUCCCUGUGGCGCACACUCCCGGGCUCCCUCCCGCCUCCCUCUCUCCUGGAGAGCCCAGCUCCCUGGGCGCUGUCCCUCACCUGGCUCCGCUGCAGGCAGGGCCAGGAAUUCCCGUGAGGACCUCAGGGCUCCUGUGUUUAGCUCUGGAAGGGACUCUGCCCUGGGGGAGAGGGGCGAGGGAGGGUGACUGUGACCACAAAGUCCUGGGUUCCCUUUUGGGCUGCUGGAGAUCCUGCAGGCCUGGAGGUGAGCUGUCCGGCUGGACCUGCAGACCUGGGCCUCUAGGGCUCCUGUGGCAGCUCACCCCUCCCUCUGGCUGUCCCCAGGACUGACCUUUGCUCUCUACUGAGGAGCCUCUGCAGGGCUGGGCUGCACCUGGUGGCUGCUCAGAGGAAGUCAACCCAGCUGGGCCGCCUGCCCUUCCCCGGGCUGUCAGGAGCCUGGCCCAGUGGGCCUCACCCUCAGGUGGGCCUCACCCUCAGGUGGGGACUCCUGAGGGCUCAGAGGGCAGGGUGGGGCGCACUCUGUGCUGGCUUCUUGUUGGGACAUCCCUCCCGUGUAAGAAGGCUGCUGGACGAGGUCCCCUUGGCAGGACAUGCACAGAAACACUCUGGGAAGGAUCUUGAAGGAGUUGAUUUUUGCUUUUCGACCCUCAUUACCAAUGUCUGUGCCAUUUUGUAUUUUAUUAAUAAAACUCAAAAGUCUUGUGAAUCAAA